AUGCUGUCAUUGCUUUACAGUCGAGUACACAGUUUAAAGAGUGUUCCAGCCGCUGAGGUUAAUUAUAAAUAGGAUAAAAAUAACAUAGAAAAGUAUUAUAAUUAACCGUAUCAACAGUUAUUUUAUUUCUAGAGCAUGCACCGCUAUAGUGUUGAUUUUCAGCCUCUCCUCGGCCAUCGUGUGCUGCAUCCUUGCCAAGGCGUGGGGCAAAAAUUGUUCGGUUUACUGACCGACAAUGCCCAGACGUUGAGAGAAUGUUUAGAGAAUCCGUUAAAAAAAUCUCGUUGAUAUGAAAUAAAAGCCACGAUGUUAUUUUCAGAUGAAUUUUGUUCUUUAGAUAGUUAAUGUUAACCUUAGAAAAAUCUGGAAGUAAAUUACUUUGCUGGUUGAUUGAAGUCGAAAGUAACAUGAUCGAACAUCGACAUUAUUGGAUAGUCAUUUCGUAAAGUAAACAAUCCCAGUCCCGUAUUCGAGUCAAGUGGAAGUCUACCCAAUUUGCCAAUUUGUAUUAAAUACCCACAAGUUUGGAAGAUACAAACUUUUAAAAUGGGGAAGAACAAGAGUCAAAACGAAUUUUUCUUCUAUAUGGUGGCAAUGAAACCAGAGGUCGAAAAGCGACUAGGGAAGAAAGUUCCCAUGAAGGAAAUGGCAUCAUUAGUGCAUGCUGAUUGGAAAAAUUUGUCUGAAGCCGAGAAACAACCAUAUAAAGUGAUGAGCAGAGAAGCAAAAGGGAGUGCUGAGAAAAAGGAUUGCUUUGGUGUUCCAUUGAGUGUCUUGCAUAGGAAGGAAGAGGAAAAAAGAAAAAAGGAGGGUGACAUGUUUAAGGACAUUGGAAAUACCAUACAAUUUCAUAGAGAUGGUGGAGCGCUUCAUCAUCACAGGAUCUUUGUUAUUAGUACCAGCGAAUAUUGUAGGACAGAGAUUGGGUCGGUUCCAGCCGAAUUAUCAGUUUUAUGCUUUACUUUUAACAAAGGAAUUGAGAGAGAGCACCAUGUGAUUUUCAAGGCAAACAUACCAGCAUGUUAUGCUUAUACGGCGAGAGAGGAAUCAGAAAGUACACAUUGUUUGCUGGAUGGCAAUGUGGGAGUAACUGAUCUGGAGGAGGUGUUGCAUGGAUUGAUGCAGUUUUUAUUAGAGGACCUUGAUGAACUACCACCUGUAUAUACACUUGAGGAGCUUAGGGGGAUGACAGAAGAAGUUCUGAUUUCUAUUUGUGGAGGUUCAUUGGACUUCAAAGUAUACUCCUUAGACUACUACUUUCAAAGUAUGUAUUCAGCUGCCCUGGAACACAAAAUUCCAAUGUCAAUUGCAACUGACCAGCUGACAAAUUGUGCCCUUGAUUAUCACCCGAGCAUGCCAUGCAAUUGGCAUUCUCUACAUCAGAAGGAUGCAGGAAAGUACUGUACCCUCUCUUGUGCACGUCGAUGGGUUUUUAACAUGUGUGAUCAUAUAAAUAUAACUAAUACUUUUGGCAUUGAGCCAAUAGAGGGAAAGCAUCUGCCGAGAAAAUAUUUCCCAGAGGGAACAUUAAUAGAUGAUCCUCGACCAUUAGUGGGAGAGUGGAAAAGUGUCACACCUCAAGAAAGUUUGUUUGUAAGUUCUAAAUCUUCAGAGAGCUCACUUCUACCACUUGGAAGUUCUUUUCAGCCAAAAAAUCCACAUCCCAGCAGCCUUGCUUCACUUAAGUCACGGGAGCCUGUACACAAGCCGAAUGCAAACAACUGGAGUAAAGUUGUAAGCUCAACUCCUAGUCAUAAGGCAGCCUCAGUGACUUCAGGUUGCUCUUCUACACUUGAUGACACAUCAGAUGAUGAUUUUCCUGCCUUAGGAGCUGGAUAUGCAAAAGGAGAUAGCAAAAGUCAGCAUCGCUUAGGUGUUUUAGGAGGAGCUGGAAGGGGCAUCCUGAGAAAUCCUGAAUAUGAAGUAAAGGAUGCUAAGGGUGAUGAAAGUCAGCCCAGGGUUGCAGCUUUUGGGGGCAUCGGAAGGGGCUUGUUUGCCCAAAUAAAUUCUGACAGAAAGACUGCAGACAAGAAAGGAAUUGGACAUGGCUUAGUUGAUGGAAAGUCUCUCCCAUGUACACCAGGCAACAGAAAAGAAAGGUGGGGUAAUACCUUGGUGGAUUAGAACAUAUUUUAAGUAGUUUUUACAAUCCUGAUUUUCUAAAUAUGUUGUUUGUAUUGUUUUUUUUUUUUUCUUUUUUUUUGCUUUUUACACAAGGAAAUCUUUUAUUUUAACUAUAUGUUUUGUCUAUGUUUAGGUUAUACAUCUUAUAAUGUAGAUAACCCCCUUUUUUUGAACGUUGAUAUAUUUAGUUUUUUACUAUUGUGUAUUUUUUUUUUUUUAUUAAAAUAGUUUAACCUGUCAGUAUUCCCUAGUCACAAAUUGCAUUGUUUCAUGCACUCUACUUUUCAUCCGUUUCCUUUGAUAUUCUAAAAAGUAUUUUGGUUGAGCCCUAUAAGGUUUUGGAGUGUAAUGUUGUGGUUAAACUUAUCGUUAUAAUUAUCUUUCCUUGUUAGGUAUCUAAACAUUGACAGUCCACAAGCAAAGCUUCAUAUGUAUUGGUCAUUCUAUGAGCAAUUUUUCUCAAGUAAAAUUUAGGUAUAACUUAGUUGUUCUUCAGUAAAAAAUAUUUAUAUUCCUUUACGCAGCUUGUGAUUGAUUAACUUGGGAUUGUUUGACCGCCAUAAAAACUAUUCCUUUGCCUAAUACAUGUAAUUUCAAGUGAUUUUUUUUUUAUUUCGUAGUCUACUACUAUAUUAAAUUCUCUUAUAACUUUUUUUCUGGAAGUUAACAAAGGUGAUGUACCUGGAAGUUAACGAAGUGAUGUAAAGUUAUAGUAUUGUAUUUAGAAGCAAACUGCAUAUGUUAAUUGCAUUUUCUUGUAUGUAAAUUUAACGAAGUUCCAACAAUUUAAUUUUAUUACUAUACGGAGGAUUGUUCCAUCAUUUGGUCACAGCAAAAAUAAAGCUAAUAUUAGAAAACUAUGGUAUUGAACCUCAAAUUGACAAAAGGUGCAGAAUAUUGUCAGAAUUAACUGGGAGACCUAGUAUUAGUACAUGACAGAUGGUAUAGUUUGAGAAGGCUUGUAAAAUCAAAGAUGAUUAAAUUGAAAAAUUGAUAGUACAGCAUCCACAAAGGUAAUUAAGUGAAUGUGUAAAAGCAAGGAUUAGGAAUUUAACUUAACUGUUUUUAAGAUGCAGAUCAUAUUCUGAAAACCUAAUAGUAUUCAAAACAUUGAUGAAUUAAAGGGUUAAACAUUUCCUGGGGAUAAACAGGUCUUCACAACAUUUUUUAAGAAUCUUGGUAUACGGGUUUCUUUGUGCUCUCAAAGACCACACUUUUCUAAAUCAAGAAUGCAUCCUGAAAUUGUAAAAGAAUUUCAUCUAGUUUUAGGUACACUGUCAAUGAAAAGAUUUGGGUUGGAAGAAUCCAGUGCUUUAGACCUAUUAACAAUUAUACUUUAAGUAUACUUGGUGUUAACUACAUCCUGGGAUUCAUGUAAAGAGUGGCGGUAUCUGCACGAGUAACAAGCCUGUUUUUUUAAGGCCAGAUUACCUUGUUUAUAUACGAUAAAAAGUAAUGGGCCAAGAACACUAACUUAGAUGUUUGGCCAGUACUUAUCGUAGUUGUGUUCCCUGUAAUUUUUUUUUUAUUUGGGUCUGUGUUGGAUAAACAUCCUUUAUGUUUAAAGGCCUGUCCACACGAUCGGGCCUGAUCGGCGGACUUCCCCUCUAACAGGCUCACUUGACGGGCAAACCGUCAAAUUGCCCGAUGGGUCUUGUAGCAAAAUCACCAUGGUGGUGCCCGAUGGCUUGAGCUUCGACCCUGGCAGACGUACGUGAACCAUAUACAUUUCUUUUACUGAGCCAUUCUUUGCACCAUAUUCUCCUCUUUUUCAUCACGCACAAAGCAAUUAUCAUGCUACACUAUCUUCUUCUUUGCGGUAAGCAACAUGUUUAUCGUACCGCCCUGAACACACUACUGGCAUCGUCGGGCACGCCCACCUCUUCAUCGCCUCACCCGUGUGGACAACAUUCACGGAUAAGUCCGCCAGAAUUUGCCCGCCAACCCUGGAGCACGCCGAUCAGGCCCGGUCGUGUGGACAGGCCUUUAGGCAACAAAACUAGUCUUAUUAUGGCUAGAAAACUUUUGUCCAAGUCUUUUGCUGCUGUUAAGAAGACUAGUACCCUGAAAGAGAAAUGAAGAUACUUGCCUAGCAUGUUUGUGAUGUAUGUCACAUUGGAAUUUUUUCCAGUCUACUUUCUCAGCGCCUUUGAAGGGAAAUCACAUUUAAAGGUAGGAAGACCAUGGCAUAAAAUUCUUGUGCAGUAUAUACAUAUAUUUUAGUACUUUUAUAAACUUUUUGAAAACACCUCAGGAAUAUUUAAAUUUCAUUACACAGAUUCUGGUAUAUAUGUACCCAGUGGAUGUUAAUUUUUAAAUUAACUCUGGAAUGGUUUAAUAUUGUAAAUGUACAUGCAAACUUUGUGCAUGUAUGCUGUACAUCAUUGACUAAACUUUAAUUUUGUAUUUGUAUUCUUUAAUUGGAGUUUACUGUAAAAAUCUUGCAAGCUCAUGAGAGGCAUGUAGUAGUGAAAGCUGUGUAUGUACACUCAAGUUCUAACCACUACCUAUUUUUGGGCCCAGGUUUACAUGAAUCUGUAUAGUUGCUAAUUUUUUUUUUUUCUGGUUCAGUCAACUUUGACCAUUUCUCAUGUGAAUGUUAUCAGUUCACCAUGUCUUGUGGGAAGAAAUUGUCAAGUUUGUCCAGUUCACUAACCAAGUUGUAAUUUCUUAUACUAAACAGUAACGUUACAAGUCUCUUUAUGCAAUGCUACAGUCCUUUGUAAAGUGUAUAUCAGUUGUCACCAACCAUGUUUUCAUGGUAUUUGCCAAGACUGACUUUAAAAUCCACAUUCAGAUUUUUAUUACUAUCUCGGUAUCCCAUCAUUCUCUCUGUUAAACAUACCUUACACGGAACACUGAUUUAUUGAAGGUGAGAGAAUUCAGUAACAGCAGCAGCAUUCUAUGGUGAAGAAACUACAGUACAGAAAAAAUACCGUACAGAAUAAUUGUUAAAGGAAUGGAUGUUUGAAGAUGUAUCUCGGUAUAAACUUGAGGGGGGUUAGAAUAUUAUCAGCAAAGCAGUUGGAUGUGGAGGAAAAUAUUUUACACGAGUUGAGGGCUUGUGCAGUCUCCAACAACAGUUGUAAACAAUGUGGAGGAUAUAUGAUGAGAUUUAAAGAACAUUAAUACAGAAAAUCAUGAAAUGGUCUGUGAUAAAGACAGACUAGAUCAGAUUCCAGGCAGGUGGAAGACUGAAAACUAUUCAAAAUACAUAACCUGAAAUAGUCCAACAAUGAAACUAUAUAAGCUUUGCAAUGAAAUUUCAAACUUAUAGUCUCUACUCAAAUUUCUCCUGCCCAACCACCACUAACUAAAAUAUCUCUUAGUAUCAAUAAUUCUACAAGCAUGAAGUGCUUUCCUCAAUGUCCUUUCAAUAAUUCUACAGUUGUCAAGACACUACUGCAUGUAAAUGGAUUUUCAUUGCCUAUAACAGCAAGCCUGUUGUUUGCAGAUUCGGGUAUAAAUAAAUGUAGUUCUGUACGAAAAUUUUAUUGAACACAGAGUUACUCAACCAAGACAUUAUGUACAUUUAAAGACUCCAAUUUAUAAAAUAAAGUUUUGUACAACUAAAUAAAAUGGCAUGUCAUUA